GGACGCUACAAUACGAAACUGGUCACUGAACAGCGCCAAAGACCAUGUUUGGUUCAUUAUGUUCUAGUAAAUUCACUUUGCCAAUUUCACUUUGCUCUCAGACUCCUGGCAGCACACUGUCACUACAGCCUCUUUCAUUCAACGCCAAUGGCCUUCCAUUUCAUGCUGUAUACUCUUGCAACUAAAUGACUGCCGCCUUUGCUUCACGCACCACAAGUGAAAGGUGCAUGCAAGCACUAUGGUCGGAGUCCUUGCUUAUAAAAUGACCCCCCAUCUACCUGCUUCUUAUUUUUCUUUUUCCAUUGCACCAUUCUACUGUGUCCAAGCUCCUUAUAUAAAAGUGACUUAGAGAGCUGUACACCCAGUUUCUACAUUCCUCUCUGCGCAUCCACUUUCAAAAUCAAGGGGGGUUGCACACCCAUCUAUCGCCCUCGAAACCCAGGGGUUUGGCGAACCCGAAAGUGAACGAGUAGAAUGAAUAUCUCAUUCUCAUUUACCAGCUGAGUACAUCUCCGCCUACAAUAGACAGUAACCUCGUUGCGAUCCUCUUUAAACCCGGAUAUCUAUUCGCUCCGACUCCUUCGAAAAGGCUUUUCACGCUAUACUCGUGGAAUCACAACUGAAGAAAAGAACCAAAUCAUCCUGAUACCUGAAAACCUUCCACCUUAUGGGCGCAAGAACUUGCCUGGAUGUCAGCGUGGUCACUCACACGGGUAUACAACUGGCUCUCCCGACGCGGCCAAGGCCCCUACAAAGAAGGAGGUUUCACGAUGCUCGACAAAGACGACCGAAUCUAUUGGAAGAACAGAACGCGAUACGAAACCUUACUUUUGACGAAAUGAGGGUUUCACCUGCGAUGCAUUCGAAACAGUCUAGGAUGGACGAGAGUGGAUUCGGGACUCUAGAGACCGCAAAUAUCUAUAAAAUGAAAAGCAUUCGAACCCUCACCACCUAUUUUCUAUAUAAUUCCAUAAUGAGCUCUACUUUGUCAUUGAAUAUCUCCAAUGGGCCAAGGCCCUAUUAUCAAUUGGAGGUUUCGGGGUGAACUUCCCUUACAUCCUUGCUGAGCGGCAGAGGCAAGUGUUCAUGUCUCUGGCAUCGCUCAAGGAGGAUGAUGCCUGCACUAUCUCUGGGCUUUUCACCAGAGAACUAUUUUUGGGCCUUGGCUACCCUCGACUAACUAUGAUUUGAGCACCUAGGGCUUAAAGAGUCCUUACUCUUAGCUUAUGAAUAACAAUAUAUAUUUUAUUAGCAAACUACAGCUAAGGGCAUAUUUCUUCUUAACGUCACUUUGCCAGGCAGUAUCCGACAGCUGCAGAAGAACUUUGCAUCACUGUUUAAAAAGUUAUUUCGCACAUAUCCUAUCCACCACGGCCAUCAUUUCAUCGUGUUUGAUACCCGCGUAUCGGUUGGCCGUAACCAUCGCUGAUAGAACAAAAAAAUUCUACAGCGACUCGGUGGAACUUCAUGCCUUAAUUGGCAAAUAUGUGAUGACUUGGAAUCGAUCACUGAAUCACUGAAUAAUAACAGGCAGAUGGACAUCAUUCUUGACCAGCAGCAAACUAACAAGUCAUACUAUUCCUCAUGAUGAGGAAGAUGCUCUUCCGUGUUCCGUCUGCGUAUACUCGAUGUUGACGGACCGUUUAGACGAAUCCGAGCCAUGUAUAUGGGACGCCAGUAAAGAAUCGUGUGCGCAUUGCUUAGAACGUCAGACUCGUACCUGUCGUGAUGUACGUGUGGUCGAAAGAAAUAACGACGCUCGCAUCCAGACGGAGUAGAAGGAAGAGAAGAAGGAAGAGGGCGAAGAACUCUCUAUUUAUACCCACGCCGCAACGUACUAAAAUCGCUAGUCCCACGAUUUGUUGAUAGACAACGUGACAACGGACAACUAACAAGUCAUACAAUGAUGACAUGAAAUAGCAUAAAUUAUACCAAAUAUAAUUAAUAUAUAAUC